CAAAGGUUUCCUCAUUGAUGACAAUCACUCUGCAAGAUGGCAACUCCCGACCUAGAGCUACAGGCGCCGCCGAGCGACGGCGUCUCGUGUCUUCGCUUCGGCUCCCGCUCGCAGCUGUUGGUCUCGUCUUGGGACGCGAAGCUUCGUGUGUAUGAUGGCGUGCAGCUGCGCACUAGCGUGGAUCUACAGGCUCCCGUGCUGAGCUGUAGCUAUGGCCAGAGCGACUCUGAAGCUUUCGCUGGCGGUCUGGACUGCCUCGUGAAGCAGAUAGACCUCAACACGCGGCAGGUUACGACGCUAGGCACACACGCAGCGGCUGUGAGACACGUUGGCUACUCUUCGGACUUGGGACUGGCGGUCAGCGGCGGCUGGGACGGCGCUAUCCGCGUCUUUGACGUCCGCAAUGGAGACAACGCGCAGAUCCACGAAGCUAAACUGCCCGGCAAAGUCUUCGGCCUGGAUGUGCGCCGCCACUUGCUCGUAGCGGCCACAUCUGAGCGCCAAGUGUCUGUCUACGAUCUCCGGAACUUCUCACAGCCAGUCGUGAGCAAGGAGAGCCCGUUGAAGUACCAGAUGCGCUGUGUCAGUGUCUUCCCCGACCUCACGGGAUACGCACUGGCAUCUGUAGAGGGUCGAGUGGCGUUAGAGUAUCUAGAGGACGAUCCUACACACAAACGCAGCUAUGCGUUUAAGUGCCACCGAGGCAAAGUGGACGACCAGACGCUCGUGUAUCCUGUCAACAGCAUCGCAUUCCAUCCAACGUAUGGAACGUUCGCUACGGGAGGUUGUGAUGGCGUUGUGAAUCUGUGGGACGGCGCUAAUAAGAAGAGGAUCACGCAUUUGAGGCAGUACCCGACCAGCAUCGCGGCUAUGGACUUUAAUCACGACGGAUCGGUGCUGGCUAUUGCAGCCUCGUACACAUACGAACAAGGCGAGAAAGACCACCCGAACGACGCGAUCUUCCUUCACACGGUGCAGGACGCGGAGGUACGACCCAAGAAGAAAGCAGCGGCGUAGAUGAUGAUGAAAGACAAUGGGCAGGAGCUUUGAAUCAGUUUCAAUGGAUGGAGAGGUGACAGCAGAUAUGAAGUCAUCGGUCGCCUUUAUUCUGCGACGCAGUGCACGAGUACGUUCUAAAGAAAUAGAGCUGCAAUGAUGGGAUGGCUGGUAUUUAUUGUGCUGCUACCCUUGAUUCUGAAGCCAUGACGGUGUUCUGGUCUUCCACAGGAGCCGACAUAUCAUUCUGUGCUCCAAUCCUGCAGGUUGGACAGGGCCCCAAUAGCACGUAACACUCGACCAAAGCGACCGACCAAAUGUCUUAAACUACCGACCGAAUCCAAACUACGCUAGUGCUCACCCCAUAGUGGCGCUGAAGUGGGAUGCCGCUGUAGUCGCAUAUUCACCAACCUGCGUCUUCUAGCUGCGCAGAAUGCUCGUCACUGCGUGCUCAUUGCAGCCUGAAUGGAUACCGUUAUCUGCCAGCACAUUCAACUCGCAGCCGCGACCCAGGCUCGACUCCCAGUCGGCACAAAGCAGUUGCCGUCCUCAUCAUCUGGAUUGUGGUUGCUUUCCGCCAACCUGUAUGUGGGCUGCGACAUCGAAAGUGCUAUUACCCGAGUUGUCGUAGAUGUUUGACCUGCACCACGACACCCUGAACCGCUUUGCCGUCGAUCUAAGGCGACUGACCAUGAAGUAUGUAUUAAAAAGACUGAUCUGCGUCGUCUCGCCUACAAGAAACCCCAAUUAGGACGGUCGAAACGGAAUUCUUUUCUCUUCAUUCUGAGACUCAAGGCGUCGGAGAAGUUGACAACAACCUGUUAGCAAGUGCUGAAGAUCUUGACGUAGCGGACGGUGCUGUGUGUCCACCCGCUUCACAAAUGGUGGUGGUGUCACCUCCAAGACAUGACGCGGGUUCAGCGUGGCGAUGAAGAUAUAAUGCGUGAUGACGUUGUUGCCUUCGAUGAUGAUGCAUUUGUCGUACAAGACGCCACUCUGAUUAGCGUUUUGCUAUGUGCGAUAACGAGCUGAUUCUUGGCUGCUUUAUCGCACGUCACCUUAACGGCAACACCGUCGCCGUAUCGACAUCGCCGUCCACGAGGAUGGUAUCGUGCGACUUCUAUCCGGGAUUCUUGGUGAUGCGUUCCACGUUGAAAGUGACUUUGCAUCCCAUCUAGGUGGUGGAAUCUUUAGUGCCAGCGAAUUGAAAUGGCUACUGGAAUUGAAAUGGCUACUGGAAUACGAUGACUCCCGGUUCAUGGUCCUGCGUUGGUUGGUAUAUGUUGUUGAAUUGCUGAAAAAGUGUCGCUUGCAAUAAUGGUACGUCAAGACCUCAGUCAACGCAACUCAAGCAAGGUGUCUUUGUUGUUGCUAGCCUUCUAACCCAAAAUAAGAUAACUAGACGAAUGCAGGCGUCUUUGGUGAGGUGACACCUCACGUUAUUUUUUUUUUUCCGAUCGCCCAACAACAAACUCAUUCACCCUGGAGUGAUUGGUUGAGCCAUUGUGUUAACUUGACACCGCCAACAACGAUCCCGGCUGCCGCCGCAACGCUGAGUACAGCAACAAGAGCCUUCGCCCACUUGGGCAGCGGCGUAUGGUCCUUCAUCGAGUGAAGAAUCUGAGAUGAUUGCGUCGAAGUUGUGGAAGUAGUCGAAGUCGAAUGCAUCACGUUCAUCAUCGCAGCGUAAGGAGGUACGAUCAUACGUUCUUCACUUUCCGGUUUCUUCCUCUUCCUGAGACGGCGAAUUUUGCUGUCCGGAUCGAUGCGCUUCAUGUCGGGCACACGAACAACAUCGCCUGGAGCAGCUUCGACGGCGCUGGCGAUGCCCUUGUCACUUGCGGUGAAGGUAGGCACAAGCAGGGCCAGGAAGCACGCAAAGCGCAUUUUGUACCGGCACAGAAGGAAUAUAAUAGGACGUAAGCAACUAAUGUAUGUACACAGUGAUCCCACGGCGUUCACGAUGCAGUACGGUCGACGACAAGAGCGUGCAACAAGAUGGGGAGUUGGGACUGGUUUCUACACUUCUGGUAUUAGAACUACC